AUGGAUUUAAAUAAGAAAAUUACAUUUAGUGAAAUAGAUGAAGAAAAUUGCGACGAUCCUGAAAUUAUUGCAUUGCUCAAUGAAAAUAAGAAAUUGAAAUAUCGCCUUACUAUUUUAAAAAAUUCUGGGAUUAAUCCCAACGAUGUUAGUUGUAAAGAAGAAAGAUCAUUUUACAGCAUUCAAAAUACUUUAGUUUCCAUAUUUAAAGAAGCAAUUCAAAGAGCUUUUCCAGAAUUAAAAAAUGCUCCAGUUGUAAUUGCUGCUUCGAAUAAUUCUAAAUUUGGAGAUUAUCAAUGCAACUCUGCUAUGCCAAUUGUACAGUUAUUGAAAUCAGAAGGUAAAAAAUCUAAUCCGAGAGAAGUUGCUGAAAAAAUAAAGUCAUGUGUGUCUCCUCACAAUCUUAUCGAAAAAUUAGAAGUGGCAGGAGCAGGAUUUAUUAAUGUUACAUUAAGUCGUACUGAGGGUCAGAAUUGUUUGCAGUUUAUCUUAAAAAAUGGCGUUUUGCCUCCUAAAGUUAAUGCAAAAUGCAGAGUCAUUGUUGAUUUUUCUUCACCCAACAUUGCUAAAGAAAUGCAUGUGGGUCACUUGAGAUCUACAAUCAUCGGUGAUAGUAUAUCAAAUCUUCUCGAGUUUCUCGGACAUGAUGUGGUUAGAGUUAAUCAUGUUGGCGAUUGGGGUACCCAAUUUGGAAUGUUAAUAGCUCACUUAGAAGAUAAAUUUCCUGAUUAUCUGACCAAGUCACCUCCAAUUCAAGAUCUUCAAGCUUUUUACAAGGAAUCUAAAAAGAGAUUUGAUGAAGAUGAAGCAUUUAAAAAAAGAGCUUAUAAUUGUGUAGUGCAAUUACAAAGUCAUCAUCCCGAUUAUUUAAAAGCUUGGAAUUUGAUUUGUGAUGUUUCUCGAAAAGAAUUUCAAAAAAUUUACCAACGACUCGACAUCAGAAUAACCGAAAAGGGGGAAUCGUUUUAUCAAACAAGAAUGGAAAAGUUAGUGAAGGAAUUAGAAGCUAAAAAUUUUUUAGUAGAAGACGAAGGAAGAAAAAUAAUGUGGGGAGAUUCGUCAAGUAUACCAUUUACUAUUGUUAAAUCAGAUGGAGGUUUCACCUAUGAUACUUCCGAUUUGGCUUGUAUAAAGUAUAGAAUAGAAGAAGAAAAAGCCGACUGGAUUAUAUACGUUACGGAUUCUGGACAAUCAACUCAUUUUGACGUACUACAAAAAUGUGCAAUUAAAUGUGGAAUUUUAAAUCCCGAAAAAGUCAGAAUAGAUUUUGUAGGUUUCGGAGUUGUUUUAGGGGAAGAUAAAAAAAAAUUUAAAACGAGAUCUGGUGAAACCGUAAGAUUAGUGGAUCUUAUGGACGAAGGUUUAAAGAGAUCUUUGGAAAAAUUAAAAGAAAAAAAACGAGAUGAAGUUUUAACACCUGAAGAAUUGAAAAAAGCACAAGAAUCGGUUGCUUAUGGAUGCAUCAAAUACGCUGAUCUUUCCCACAAUAGAAAUCACGAAUAUGUUUUUUCUUUUGAAAAGAUGCUUGACGACCGAGGAAAUACUGCUGUCUACUUGUUAUACGCAUUAACUAGAAUUAAAUCCAUUGCAAGAAGUGCAGGUGUUACUUCCCAGCAACUUUUAGAAGCUAGUAAAACAACUCAAAUAUCUUUAGACCACGACAAAGAAUGGAAUUUGGGAAAAGUAAACUUUCUGUGUUACUCAAAUUUCCCGACGUACUUUUUACAAUAA